AGGAAACCGUAGUUCGCAUGAAAAGUUCGCUUGAAUCUCUCGAAAAGGUGAUGGUCGAAGCAAAUCAUUUGGUGGCACACAUGGUCCAAAUAUCACAAAAUAAUCUGGAAACUGAACGUCUUCGACUUAAAAAUCUAGAGUUAGAGGCUGAAAAGAAGAGCGAAAAGAAGGAAGAAGUUAGAGCUCAGCGAUCGAGGACAUUCCAGAACGAGAAUAAAGAAACACGCUGCCAUAGAUGCAACGCAAUAGGACACUGGGCAAAGGACUGCCACCUCCAGAAUUGCGGUCAAUGGUUUUGUUACUAUUGCCAGAAGGUAACAGAUCACAAAGGAGAUGACUGUCCGACGACUCGCCGACAGCCAUAUGAUAAGAAUAGAGAUAAACGUGGACAUUAGAAAAACAGGAAACUUUAGAGGCUAGAAGACUGAUUCAAGAUGACCAAUCAUUACCUUAAGAUUACUGUUUUGUUUUUAAUAACUAAGUUUUGUUCUUUAAUUUACACGUAUCUUUAUAAAUCGACAAAGGGAGGGAGUGUUAGAACUUAGAUUUAAACUUUGUCGAUAUACGGCGCCAACGCCAUUUUCUAUCGAGAGUAUCGACCGUUGUCGAUACACAACUAUGUUCUCGAGAUACAUAACUCGCGUACUUCAGACCGACUCGCUCUUUGUGCCUUUUUGCGCGCGUAUUGUUUUUCUCUCUCGGUUAU